GGCAGGAAGGACAGGCCAAGAGUUGCUGAGGGAGUGGAGAGACCUAUGCCUCUGCCAGAGAACCCUCAGCAGGGUGAGAAAAGCUCCCCCAACCUCUGUCUCUACUGACCUCCAUUCGCCCCCACUGAAUGAGAGUGAGCACAGGGACCUAAAGUGAAUUAAGUUCUUAGAGUGCAGCCGCUGGAGUAGGGGAAGGACCUGCAAACAGAAAAACCAGCACCUACUUGGACCUUACAUUCAUCAGAAUCAUUCACGUCUGAGCUUCAGAGGAAUUUUCAGUAAUUUGGAACUCUCAAAAUGUUUGCAAAAGCAACAAGGAAUUUCCUUAGAGAAGUUGACUCUGGUGGUAACCUGAUUGCAGUAUCUAACUUGAAUGACUCUGAUAAGUUACAGCUUCUAAGUCUGGUCACCAAAAAAAGGAGAUUCUGGUUUUGGCAGAGACCGAAGUAUCAGUUUUUAUCUGUCGCCCUUGGAGAUGUACUCACGGAAGGCCAAUUUCUGAGUCCAGUGGUUGUGGAGUCGGACUUUGUGAAAUACGAGGGCAAGUUUGAAAACCAAGUGAGCGGGAGCAUCGAGACGGCCCUGGGGAAGGUCAAGCUGAAUGUGGGUGGCAAAGGGCUGGUGGAGAGCCAGUCCUCUUUCGGAACCCUGAGGAAGCAGGAGGUGGACCUGCAGCAGCUCAUACGAGAUUCCGUUGAGAGGAAAAUAAAUCUGAAAAAUCCUGUACUGCAGCAGGUGCUGGAGAGGAGGAACGAGGUUCUGUGCAUCCUGACACAGAAGAUAGUGACCACACAGAAGUGUGUGAUAUCGGAGCAUGUUCAGAUCGAGGAGAAGUGUGGCGGCAUGGUGGGCAUCCAGACCAAGACGGUGCAGGUGUCAGCCAUGGAGGAUGGAAAUUUCAUCAAGGACACCAAUGUGGUGCUGGAGAUCCCAGCUGCCACCACCAUCGCCUAUGGCGUCAUCGAGUUGUACGUGAAGCCGGAUGGCCAGUUUGAAUUCUGUCUCCUGCAAGGGAAGCGUGGUGGCUUUGAGCAGGAGAGAAGCAGCUUUGUCUUCCUGGACCCCCUGCCCUUUCAAGAACUGGAGUUCCAGGACAUGCCAGAUGCCAGGCAGAGACCACUGAGUGUCUUAAAACAAGCCACGCCGCUCCUGGAAAGGAACUUCCAUCCCUUUGUGGAGCUGCCGGAGCAGCAGCAGUUGGCUUUGAGCAACAUCCUCCAGGCGGUCCUGUUUGAUGAUGAGCUGCUUGUGGCCCUGGAACAAGUGUGCGAUGACGUGGUCUUUGGCCUGUCACCCCCACUGGAGAUGCUGAGGGAACUGAAGUCCCCACAGCAGCAGGACCUCACGGCCUUCCUGCGGCUGGUGGGGUACAAGGUGCAGGGCAAGUGUCUCGGGCCGGAGGAUGUGGUCAGCAACCAGAAGCUCUUCUCUAUCGCCUACUUCUUGGUCAGUGCACUAGCAGAAAUGCCUGAUAAUGCAGCAGCUCUUUUGGGUACUUGCUGUAAACUCGAGAUUGUUCCUACACUGUGUUACUUGCUCCAUGCUCUAUCUGAUGAUGGAGUAGCUGAUCUUGAAGACCCAGCCUUGGCUCCUCUGAAAGAUACAGAAAGAUUUGGGAUCGUACAACGUUUGUUCACUUCUGCUGACAUUAGCCUGGAGAGGCUGCAGUCUUCCGUGAAAGCUGUGGUCCAGAAGGAGCCUCACAUUUUCCCACUAAUUCUUUAUAUAAGCCUGAAUGGACUCUGUGCCUUGGACAGAGCACAUUAAUAACAUAAAUUAUAAGUACAUGCAAUCAGCCAUGGCUGGACAUUUUUUGCCAUCAAGAUACUACUAUGGGGCUUAGGUCAAAUCUAUGCUAAAAGCUGGUCAAUGAAAUGAAUUUACAAAACCGUUCAAGAAGUGGUGACUUUUUGCACUAUCAGUUACCUUGUGUAGCCGCUAGCACUAAACAGCAAUAGUAACCUGUUUGUUUUGAGCUGAUAAACAGUAUCCUUUUCUGAAGAGACCCUCCUGUGCUGGUGACCUGGUGUCAAAGUUAGAUGCCAGCAUCCAAAGAACCAAAGGAGACCCGAGAAGUCCAGGCUAGUGCAUGUUCAGACCUUUUCUCCUUCUGCUACAAAAAUGGGCCUAUUCAUCACUUUCUUGUAUUUCUCACUUUGUUAUACAAAAACCAGGUGAGUUUGGCACUUUGAUCCAAAAAUUCGUUUUAAAUUGUGAAUGUUGUGGGAAGGUGAUUUCUUUUCACAGAGGGCUAUGUUUUAGAUGUGCUGUAUGCUAUGCAGAGACUGAAAAAUGAACUGUAAAUGCCAAGAGAGUACAUUCUUUUGCUGAAAAAAUUAUACUAAAAAAGUCUAAAAGCAGGAGACCCUUGCUUGGGAGGGGAAAGAGGGACGUUCUAGCUUUGUAGAUCUUGACUUGUCAUGCUUUGAUGAACCUACUGAUUUGAUGUCUAGAACAAUGUGCUGAAUUCUCAUGUAUUCUGGAUGUUUAAUUUGUAAAUACUACAUAUUGUAUCAAAGGAAAACUUAUACCAUGUAUAUUUUGCUUUUUAUCCUAUUUUGACAUCCUGCUAUUAGAAACAGCCUAGACAGUCUCCCCCGAGCCUCUGCUAAUAUCCACUGGGGACCUGGAGCCACUGCUGCUCCCCUUAGCAAAAAGCAGUUGAGACCUAUUGCUCCAAUUUGUCUUAUGUUAGGAGCAGGGAGGCAGAAGGAGAUGAGCAGUAUCAACUGUUGGAGAGUACCUGGCUUUUUCUUGUCUCAGCAUCAUCUACUUAAUGCGUUUCUGCCUUUCAGAUUUUAAUGAGACUCAAUGUUAUGCAAAUGCUUAUGAUACACAGGAUAAAGGACUGAGUUGCAUAUAGUGGUAGUAACAUUAAAAAAAAAAAGCCCUUUAUAUACAAACUGAAAAGGAGCAUGCAAAAGGAAAAUGAAUUGUGCUAAAAUGGCAGUACACAUGCCAUUUUGUCUGCUUUUUUGAAAUAAGCAUACAGAACUGCAGACAAAUGUGUAAUGUGAAUCUCUACUUGUGUCAAAAAAUAGACAUGCAUGCAUGUAUCAGAAACUUUAAGACUUCCCAAGAAACCUAAAAGUGGCUUCUCUAGGGACAGGAUUUAGAGGUUAUGGCAAGCAGGCGGUAGGGCUCAGGGAAGGGUAUUUCAACCUUCUAUUCCUGUGAAAUUUUUAUAUGUAUUUUGUAAAAGCAGCAUGUGCAUACCCUCUCGCCCCAAGCCCCCCUCCCCACCUCCACACACACACACACAGAGAAAUAAAAGAUGCUUUCCCGGCAAUAUUGAGCUAAGGGCUUUGGCUGUUUUCACACUUGUCCUAAGAUCAGCCUGUCAUCCUGUUGGAUUGUUUUAAAAAUUAGCUAGUGAAAGACACCGCUUUAUGUUGCUAUAGGUGUCCCCAGCCUCCCAGUUACUGCCAGGCUUCCUAGCAGAUCCCCUCCGGGAUGUGGAAGGUAAGACAGUGCUGGGCAUACUGGAGUAAGUGCAGAGUGGGACUCUAAAAGGUUACCCUGGUGAACUAUGCUCACCAUUAAGUAUUUUAAAAUGCACUUUUAUUUACAGCUUGAGAUCAAGAACCACACUUUUUCAUAAUUAGAUUGUGAAAUAAGGUCUAGUAGCACAGGUCACUUAGAAAAGAUAGUAAAUAAAGCAGAAUUUCCUAGAACAGAGACCCUGAGGCUGCUUUUUCCAGCCAUGACAGAGGGAUCACUUGGUUUUCAUAAACACAGGAAAUUACACUUUAGCUCCUGUGCUAUGGCCUGCUAAUAGCCCCUUGAAGACACCAUCACCUAAUAGUUCCAGGAAUCUGUGAACAGGUUACCUUACAUGGCAAAAGGGACUUUGCAGAUAUUUUUUAAGAUGAACAGAGUAUCCUGGAUUAUCUAGGUGGGUCCUUAAAAGAAGUAGAAACAUGUGAACUCAGUGUCACAGCUUCCGCUGAGAUGGAGGCCUGCGCCCGGAGAAGUGAGCAGUCCCUCCCACCGCAGCAAGGCAGCAGGCACUUAGGGUCUACAACCAUGUGGAAAGUCUGCCCGCAACCUGCAAGAGCCUGGAAGUGGAUUCUCCUCUAGACAAGAGCCAAGGCAGGCAGGGGGACAUCGUGAUUUUAGCCCUGUGAAAGCUUUGUCAGAACUAAGUUUGUGUUUUAAGGCUGUUUGUGAUACAAUGUGCCACUGCAAAUUUGCUAUGCAGUGUAAGAUGAAGAAUCAACAUAAAAUCUAGUAUUUCUGAAGACCUCAAAAAUACACUGGACUAGCAAUUUCCAAAAUAUGAACUAUGGAACCCUGGAAAGGAAUUGUAAAGUACCUUUCUAAAACAGGCUUCCCACACUGACCUACAGUCACGCCUCCAUCUCCUGGUCAGCCUGGUGUGUCCACCUCCCCUUUUCACUGCGGGUCUUGGGGCUGAGCCAGGGCCACAACAGGUUUUUCCUACCAGCAUUUCUUGGCUAGCUGGGAAGUGGUCAUGGUAUCUAUCCCCUGCUAUGUAAGAAUGGAGGCCUUCUCUUGAUUCUCUACUUUAAUCUUCCCUGUCUCUGAUAUUCUCUCCUGGCCAUAUGCUGUCUUUGAAAGCCUCUGAAUCACUUGGGCUGAGGUAGAAGAAACAAUUAGGGUUUCCAUAUUGAAGAGACAGGUGUUUAUUUUUGGAAAAACAGUAAACGUAGGGAGGUGUUUAACGCUGUUCCUAAGCACACAAUGCAAUUUCAAACCUUUUGUCAUAGCUCCCACAUGGCACAGCAGGCUGCAUCCCCUCUGCAGUGUUAUCAGUGGAUCAUGCCUGUUCCUACUAUGUGCGGUGAAUCCUCUCAGCCUGCACAACUACUGGCCUGUAACCCAGUUCUUAUGCAUAAAUUGGUUUCACUUGGCCAGAUGGGGCUCACACUGCUGCACGUGUUGGUGUAAUAAUGAAAGGAAGGUUUACAAAGGUGGUCU